GAGGAGAGGGGCGUGGAUUUGCACAGAUAAAAGGAGGAGGAGGAGGAGGAGAGCGCAUGCUUUGCACAUUUGCUCAGGUCCAGGGGUGCAAAGAUGAGGAUGCCGCGGGGAUUCGUGCCUCUCGUCGCUGUUUUGGCUGCGCUUUUGGCCGGGCCCGUCAACAUGGUGGAGCACGCCGAAUUCCUGAAAGCCGGGAAGGAGCCGGGCCUCCAGAUCUGGAGGAUUGAGCGGUUCGACUUGGUGCCGGUGCCGAGGAACGUCUACGGGGAUUUCUUCACCGGAGACGCCUACGUGGUCCUCAACACCAUCCGGCAGCGGAGCGGGAACCUCCAGUACGACCUCCAUUUCUGGCUGGGAGACCAAUGCACCCAGGACGAAAGCGGAGCGGCCGCCAUUUUCACGGUCCAGCUGGACGACUAUCUCGGCGGGAAGGCGGUCCAGCACCGGGAAGUGCAAGGACACGAAUCGCCCACAUUCCUGGGGUACUUCAAAUCGGGCCUCAAGUACAAAGCCGGCGGUGUGGCUUCGGGCUUCCGGCACGUGGUUCCCAAUGAAGUGACCGUCCAGCGCCUCUUCCAAGUCAAAGGCCGGAGGACAGUCAGAGCCACGGAGGUCCCGGUCAGCUGGGACAGCUUCAACAACGGAGACUGCUUCAUCUUGGAUCUGGGCAGCUUCAUCCACCAGUGGUGCGGCUCUCAGGCCAAUCGCUUUGAAAGGCUCAAAGCCACGCUAGUCGCCAAAGAAAUCCGUGACAACGAGCGAAGCGGACGCGCCAGGGUCUACGUGGUAGACGAAGGGUCCGAGCGAGAAGAGAUGCUGCAGGUCCUGGGUCCCAAGCCCACUCUGCCGCAGAGCACCGCAGAUGAAGACACUCUUGCCGACACAAGCAACAGGAGACUCGCCAAACUCUACAAGGUCUCCAACGGGGCAGGGAAUAUGGCUGUUUCUCUGGUGGCAGAUGAGAACCCGUUCUCUCAGUCGGCCCUGAAUUCGGACGACUGUUUCAUUCUCGACCAUGGCACCGAUGGCAAAAUCUUCAUCUGGAAAGGUAAAAACGCCAAUGCCGAGGAGAGGAAGUCCGCCUUGAAAACCGCCUCCGAAUUCAUCACCAAGAUGCAUUAUCCUCGGCAGACUCAGGUCCAAGUCCUUCCGGAACAAGGAGAGACGCCGCUGUUCAAGCAGUUCUUCAAGAACUGGCGGGAUCGGGACCAGACGGAGGGCCUGGGCGUGGGCUACGUCUCGGGGAGCGUGGCCAAGAUCGAGGCCGUGCCCUUCGACGUGGCCACCCUCCACGUCUCGCCCACCAUGGCCGCCCAGCACGGCAUGGAGGACGACGGCACCGGGAACAAGCAGAUCUGGAGAAUCGAAGGUUCCGCGAAAGUGCCCGUCGACCCUUCAACCUACGGCCAAUUCUAUGGCGGAGACAGCUAUAUCAUUCUGUAUGAUUACCGGCACGGAAACAGACAAGGAAAGAUCAUCUACACCUGGCAAGGUGCCGACUCCUCCAAAGAUGAAAUUACGGCGUCCGCUUUGCUUACGGUCCAGUUGGAUGAAUCGCUGGGCGGCACUGCAGUGCAGAAACGCGUGGUCCAGGGCAAGGAGCCUCCUCACCUGAUGAGUCUCUUUGGUGGGAAGCCUCUCAUUGUCUUCCAAGGCGGCACUUCCAGGGAAGGCGGGCAGAGCAGCCCGGCACCGACGCGGCUUUUCCAGGUCCGGUCGAGCACCUCCGGAGCCACCAGAGCCGUGGAGGUGAACGCGGCUGCAAAAGAACUCAACUCCAACGACGCCUUUGUGCUGAAAACGCCUUCGGCCGCCUUCCUCUGGGUGGGCAGCGGGGCCAGCGCCAGCGAGACCUCCGGGGCCCAGGAGCUGCUGAAGGUGCUGGGGGCCCGCGGGACCCAGGUGGCCGAAGGAAGGGAGCCAGAUGCCUUCUGGACCGCGCUCGGCGGCAGAGCCCCUUACCGCACUUCUCCGCGCCUGAAGGACAAGAAGAUGGAUGCGCACCCGCCCCGGCUCUUCGCCUGCUCCAACAAGAUCGGGCGCUUCGUUAUUGAAGAAGUGCCUGGAGAGCUGACCCAGGAUGAUUUGGCCACAGACGACGUCAUGCUCUUGGACACCUGGGACCAGGUCUUUGUUUGGGUCGGAAAAGAUGCUCAAGAGGAAGAGAAGACGGAGGCAGAGGCGUCAGCCAGGAGAUACAUAGAGACCGACCCCUCCAACCGCGACCGGAGGACCCCCGUCACGCUCAUCCGGCAAGGCUUCGAGCCGCCCACCUUCACCGGCUGGUUCCUGGGCUGGGAAGACGGCUACUGGGACGUGGACCCCUUGGAGAGGGCCCUGGCGGAGCUGUCGGCGUGAAUUGGGCAGCCGCGGACCCAAUUUUCCCUUACGAGGGGUACAAAUAGCCCCGUGCCUUUUCUGCCUUCCUCCUUUCACCCAGCCUUUCCUAGAAACCAAUAGCCCAAGGCGCUGUGCAAUAAUAGCGGAGUUUUGCCCGCAAAACGGUGUGGUCCUUGUGUAUUUUUCCUACUGCUUUGAGAACUGCCUUUUAAUAAAGCUCAUAAGGAGUA